UGUGCGGGGCGCUUUCCGCCCUCCGCUCCCGCGACCUCUUUUUUUCCCCCCCCUGAAGAAGCCGGCGGCCCGAUGGAACCUGGGGCCGGCUGGGGGCGCGCAGGCGCAGUGAGCGGGCGGCGACUGCCCGCCGGGCUGCACCAUGGGGCCGCUGGUGGCGUGGGCGCUGCGGGCGGCUGCCGUGUCCCAGUUCGUCCUCAGCCCGGGCAGCGGCGCCGCAGGUGCAAAAUGGAAACAUUUCAUCGACCAGACUGACAGAGCAGUGGAGGGCUACAGACCAUGUAUAAGGGAGAAUUGCAGCUGCUACCAAAGUAUUAGGGAGCAGGACUUGGCUCCCUUUCAGGGAGGCAUCUCCAAGGAACUACUGUCCGAUGUGGUUAGCCGGAAGCUUGGGACACACUACCAGAUCAUCAAGAACAAGUUAUAUCGUGAGCAUGACUGCAUGUUCCCUGCUAGAUGUAAUGGGGUCGAACAUUUCAUUCUGGAGAUCAUUGGCCGCCUCCCAGACAUGGAGAUGGUGAUCAAUGUGCGAGAUUACCCCCAGGUCCCCAAGUGGAUGAAGCCAGUCAUUCCAGUAUUCUCUUUCAGCAAGACUUCUGAGUACCAUGAUAUCAUGUAUCCUGCCUGGACGUUUUGGGAAGGGGGGCCAGCUGUUUGGCCAAUUUACCCGACAGGUCUUGGGCGCUGGGACUUAAUGAGAGAGGACCUCCGAAGAUCUGCAGAAAAAUGGCCAUGGAAGAAAAAAAUCUCCAAAGGAUAUUUUCGAGGAUCCAGAACAAGUCCUGAGAGGGAUCCCCUCAUUGUUCUGUCUCGAGAGAACCCAGAACUCUUCGAUGCUGAGUACACUAAAAACCAGGCCUGGAAAUCUGAAAAAGACACUCUUGGGAAACCACCUGCGAAGGAAAUUCCUCUGGUCGAUCACUGCAAAUACAAAUACCUGUUUAAUUUCCGGGGGGUAGCAGCCAGUUUCCGUUUCAAACACCUCUUCUUGUGUGGCUCAUUAGUCUUUCACGUAGGGGAAGAGUGGCUGGAGUUCUUCUACCCACAGCUGAAGCCUUGGGUACAUUACAUCCCAGUCAAACCAGACCUCUCUGAUGUCAGGGAGCUGUUGCAGUUUGUGAAGGAAAAUGAUGAUGUAGCACAAGAAAUUUCAGAGAGGGGGCACCAGUUCAUCAUGGACCACUUGCAGAUGAAGGAUGUCUCUUGUUACUGGGAGACUUUGCUGACUGAAUACUCUAAAGCCCUGACUUACAAAGUUAAGAGGAGGAAAAACUAUGAUGAGAUUGUCUCCAAACACUUGAAAACAGAACUUUAAAACCAAUGUGGUUCUCUUUCCAAUUCAAGGCUUGGGACUGGUGGUCACACCAGUCUUUGGAUUUUCAGUAUCUUCUGUUACUCUUUGUCCCUUAGAUUUAUUAUCUCACACUCUAAAGCAGUGGUUCUCAACCAGGGUCCGUGGACUAUGUCUAAAGGGUUCGUGAAAGACUUAGACUGAAAACUGACAGAACAGAAUUCAACUAUAUAUACAGACAAUAUAUUUCCAAAGGGGUCCACACCUCCAUUCGAAAUUUCCAAAAAAGGUUGAAAACAGCAAGCAGCAUUAUUGUUACUUUAAAACAGUUCCUGUGCAAUGAGACUGAAUCACAUUAGCUAGACCCAAAACUUUUGGAGAACGUAUAUAAUCAAUGAGGCAGUUGAGUCUAGUGCUUAGAGCAGGGAACUGCCAAUCAAGACUCCUGGGUUCUGUUACCACCCCAAUCUCUAACUCACUAUGAGCCUGAUCCAAAGUCCAUUGCGGUAAUUGGGAGUUGUCAGUGGCCUUUGGAUCAUGCCCCUGGCCCUAUGUGACCUCAGACAAGUCAUUUAAACCCUCUGUGCCUCCCUCCAUGUAGGUAUACUCCUAUUUGGGGCAAAUUGGCAAUGUUAUUGUGAUUGUGUGAUGGCUGUUUAGGUACAGGUGUUUCCUGUCAGCAGCCGUGGUUGGGGUUUUAGGUUACCUUUAUGGGUAGCUUAGGGUUGUUGUUUUUUUAAGUCUGUAAAGCACCCAGAUGUUAACACCAUGUUGGACACUAAAAAAUAUCUUUGAACAGCGAAACUACCUACCUCACAGAGGGGUUUUGAUGAUGAAUGAAUGUUUUUAAAGUGCUCUGUGAUCCUGAGAUGAGAGGUGUAAUCAUAAUGCACAGUGUUCUCUGCCUGUGCCACCCGAAGGGGUACGCUUCCCAUCCCUUGCAUUUGCCCUAAAUAAUCUCAAGGCCUUGCAUAACCACCUGUCUUUUGACCAAGGAUAGCUGGAUGGAGGUUUUAGUCUGUGCAUUCCUUUGGCACUUUUACCUUAUGUUUUAAAAAUUGGAUGUCUUCUCCAUGUAAGCUGUGAACUGUCCGUCUCUGUGAGUUGAGACUCUGUCUUCUAGACCAUGUGGCUGUGUUAACAGUACCAGCUUGCCUGAUUCUCAGCACGUUGGCUUUGAAUAUGAAAGGUUGGAUGUCACUGGAGCACUUCUUUUUGCAGCCUUUCAACAUGGCUCCUUAGUUGUGUGGUGGGCUCACUGCAGAAUGAAGUAAAGUGCUAAGACUGUCUGAAAGCACAACAGCGUAAGCAUCUGCUUGGAGUCUCACUCUUUUUUGAGGUUCUUGCAUCUUAUGUAAGUACUGCAACUCAGCUGGCCAUGUGCUACUUAGAUAACUGGUGGGGUGGGGAGAGGGAACAGAGGGGAGAUGGAGGCAACUACUUACCCCCAUUCCUCCUUUGUCAACUGAAUCAGAGGAGUAGAAAAAGCCAUGACCUGAUUUUUCUGACUUCUGGCAGAUUAGGGUGCUGCAGAGUUCUCACACACAAACACACCCCAACAUCAGGCCCCAAUACAGAGCAAGAAGGACUAGACAUGACAGGCAAACAUCAAUUUCUAGUGCAGAGCACCAAUUACAGGACCACUGGCUGGGCGACCCAGUAUGUAAAAGAGUUAAAUUAGGAAAUGAAUAACUUAGAGUCAGAACUGUGUAAUAUUGGAAGACUUUUUAAUAAAAGCUCGAGUGACAGGUUUUAAUGAGGAGAUGGAAUUAUCUGAAAUGAUAAAACAGAUUUACCUACUGUAUCUUUAAACCCUUUUUGUUUUUAAUGAAGUGCUUUUGGAUUAAAAACAAAGUCAACAA